AUGUCAGAAAUUUGCAGCUCAUGGCGACACUGUCCUGGUCAUCUAAAUCCUGCCGACUUGCCCUCGCGUGGUUUAACAGCUAAAGCCCUCGUAGCAUGCGAAACGUGGUGGAAAGGCCCAAAAUUCCUAUACCUUCCCAAAUCCAAAUGGCCCGAGAAUCGAGCGACCCAGUCCAAAGAUGAAGUCACACUCAAAGAAGUUGUCAUGAAGCCACCAGCUAUUGUCCACUCACUAGUGAAUACCUUAGUCAACAUGCCAGAGAAGAAGAAGAUCGACCAGACAAUUGAUAUCAACCGAUUUCACGAUCUAGCGAAAUUGCUUCGUGUGACUGCUCUGGUUGUCAAGGCUGUCAGGUCUUUCAAGAGUCAAGUUACUAAUAAGGAGAGUACCGAGAAGGAACGAAUGAGAUUAAACGCAGCAGAUUUAAAAGAAGCCGAACAGCUGUGGAUCAGAUCAGUUCAAGGGUCAGCCUUCUCCAAAGAAAUCGCAUUUCGUCUGAGUAAAGUUCACAGCUCUACCCCUCCAGCGUUCGUUACACGGUUUGGAUUGUUCUUAGACGAUGGCAUCAUCAAGCGUAACGAGAGAUUGAACAAUGCGCCGUUACCUUUGAACACGAGGAACCCCAUUCUACUACCAGCGAAGCACGAAUUCACCUGUUUAUUGAUCGAGCAGUCCCACGAGUCUGUUAAGCACAUUGGCAUAAGAGACACGUUUACGACACUACGAUAA